AUGGAUACGGACACAGACAAUAUCGCACGACUACGAGGAUACCUCAACCAUAAAGCUCGCAUUGCAAUCACGGACGGUCGUGUGUUCAUCGGCACCUUCGUUUGCACUGACAAGCAAAAGAAUAUCAUUCUUGCCCAUACCACAGAAUACCGAGGAGAUGAACAUAGAAUCGUUGGACUUGUCAUGAUCCCCGGCAAGCACCUCGUCAAGAUGGAGAUCGAAGACCUUGAGUCUGUAAUAAUGUAG